GUGAUUGUUUGAUCCCUGGAGUGUUUUUAACUGGAACCCCCCACGACUUAGUAAGUCGCCUUUGUUGGCUUCAUGGCGUCGGCGCUACCCAGAGAGGUGCUGCCAAAGGUGUUUGCCUUCGUUCCCCGCGACCUGCAAUGCCUAUCAGCCUUGAGGGUCACAAGCAGAGAUGCCAAAGAAAGUGUCGAUGCUCGAUGGUGUGAAGCUCGAUAUUGGACGGAAUGCCUUGUCAAAGACAUCAUUGAUUUUGUACCAGAUGACCUCCAAUGCCUCUCAUCGCUACGAGUGGCCAGCCAAAACUCCAAAGGGUGCGUUGAGGCUCGAUGGUGGAAGAAGCAAGUGAGGUGUAUGAAAGACUUUGUGGAUCAGCAUGAGCAUUUAUUUGCUGAUGAUCCAGAGAUGGAUGAAGUUGAUGAACAGCAAGAAGACUUUGCUCGGAAUAUUCUACUCUGGGUGCAGCCAUUCCUUGUGAAUCAGCCGUGGAGGAUUGAAGGCCCUGCUCAACCGACUGGAGAUUCUGCCACGGAUGAGGUCACCCCGCAAGCAGCACAUAUGAAUCUGAGAAGAGCACUUGUCGACUUGAGUGAGAGACACAAUGAUGUGCUGCGAGACAUCCUGCAACAAGCGCGACACAUUGAGCGCUAUCAUCAUAGACACACGGACACUUUACAUACCAUGGUUUCGCACACAGAUCGCAGACACAUGGAGGGACCAAAUGAAUCACUGUUUGCCAACCUUGAGACCAGCGAGAUCAGAAGUGAAGAUGCUCCAUCUGCAUCCAAUGUCCACACGGAAAUGACCAGAGAAGGCAUUCCCCGGGAGGAAGUGAUGAACCUUCUGAGGCGUCGUGGGAUCAACGAGGACCUGGUUCAGGCUUUGCUUGGAGAUUUUGAGCAGAGUGGGUAUGUUGCCCAAGGACCAAUUGACCACAGGUCAGAGAUCAGUGAGCCAGAGGGUGGCGGUCAGUUGGCCACCUUGCUGGAUGACGACAAGCACAGCGGCCACAAGAAAAGGUUGGGGAAGUAUUUGGCAUGCCUGUUGCUAGUGGGCAUCAUGAAUAUUCUGAUGAGUAUAGUGUUUCUACUUACAUUACCCACACCCUUCACUGGAAAUGCUGACACAAUCGCCUUACAAAUGGAGGGUAAUGACAAGGAAGCCACAACAGCAGCUGCUGAGACGCCGCUGUAUUUGGCAGCGCAGAAAGGGGACGCGAACAUGGUGGAUGCAUUGCCUGAGGAGAUUCUGGAAGCCAGUCGAAAAGCUCUUCUACCCACAUCGGGAGACCGACCAGAGGAGCUUCCUCAAGAUGGUCCGAAUGCUGUUCUACCUCCACCGGCAGCCAAACACAGGAAAUUAUUCUUGGCUCGUCGGAAUGCUUCUGUACCCCCAAAGCCAGACCAACCAGAAGCGAUGCCCUCAAAAGAAGACGGAGAAGAGGAGAUUCCCGACCAGUGUCCAAACGGCGAGGCAUCAACCUCCUCCGCUUCCCCGAUGGAUCAACCAGAGGGCAGUGGUCUCUGGGCAUUGUUGUGUUUGGAUGAUGGCGCACUCGGCGCACUCAAAAAAAGGGUGGAAGUUUUUCAAGGCAAGGAAGUUUUUCAAGGCAUCCCUUGCGCUGGUGGGCAUCUAUAUUAGAAUAGUGUUAGGAAUCGUAUCGUCCAUUCCAAUUGGUCUCCUGAUCUAUUCCCUCCUGAAUGGUGAGACGGCGCUGCCCAAGGAGGCCACAACAGCAGCCGGUGAGACGGCGCUGCAUUUGGCAUCUCAGGGGGGCUGGGGGAUAGUGGUAGAUCAAUUGCUCCAGGCAGGUGCUGCGGCCGUAACAGCAGCCAGUGAGACGGCUUUGCAUUUGGCAGCACAUACGGGCAAUGAGUUUGUGGUGGGUCUUUUGCUCCAGGCAGGUGCUGAGGCCGUAACAGUAGCCAGUGAGACGGCUUUGCAUUUGGCAGCUCAGAGCGGCUUUUUGUUUGUGGCAGGUCAAUUGCUCGAGGCAGGUGCUGAGGCAGGUUGCUUUGCUUUGGGCAGGUGCUGACAAGGAGGCCACAACAGCAGCCGGUGAGACGGCGCUGCAUUUGGCAUCUCAGAACAGCCGGUGGCCUGUGGUACAUCAAUUGCUCAAGGCAAGUGCUGACAGGGAGGCCACAAACGUAAUUAGUCAGAUGGCACUGUAUUUGGCUGGAUCGGCGCUCCAGAUCGACCAGUGGCAUGUUGUAGGUCAAUUGCGCAAGGUUCCCCUCAUGAAGCUGAAGGCCACAGUUUGUGAGUUGAUCAUAGGUCUGAUUUUGCAUGCAUGCUCCGUGAAAAGAGUCCUGCUGCAUGCUGCGGCAGAAGAAUUGUUCUUUCCAGACGAGCUCCCUUCUGAAUCCUUAGGAGAACUUCAUUAGUUGCUGCCGGGGGACAAAGGGGCGCCAGCCCUAGGCACGUCCGUGUUUGGACAUCAAGCGAGCGAGGCCAUCAUCCCUCAGGGGCAAUCAACAUAUUUCUGAUGCCGAAGAUCAGUUCGGGACAGAGACAGGGACGCAAGCCGC